AUGGCGAAGCAGCCAAAGCCAGUGCUGUCUGCCUCUCUCGGAACCGCUGACUGUGGAGCCUGCCACGUGUGCCCUCUUCUCAGGGCACAGUGCGUGGCCAUCCUGUGGGAAUCGCUGCCCCCAAUGGGUCUCCGGAAGACCCCAGCCAGGACCAGCUCCCUUCUGGGGCUGCAGCCAUCUGGUCACUCCACACGGCUGCCUCCAUCCCAUGGCCAGGCCAACCUAGAAUCUCCCCAACAUGCGGCCACACAACCCCUAGGGGGCAUGGUCCCCAGGCUGCUCAACUCCAAAGCCAGCCCAGGCUAUCCCGAGGUGAUGCCCACCAGAGGACCCAGCGUCUGUGCAGACGCGGUAUCGCCCAGGAGUGCGCGGGGCCCCCUCUGCCGGCGGCUGCGGCGGAACCAACCCCCGGGACGGGACGCCGAUGGGGGCAGCUCGGGGAGGCUGUCUCGUUCCUUCCCCGGAGUGCGGCGACCUCCCCGGGCUCGCUCACGUCCGAGAACAAACGCACGGAAGCGCUCCCAAGGCAUACGAGGGCUGUCCCCAGGGGAUUCUGGGAGCUACCUGGUGACCACAGUUGAAGAUACUGAGCGAGGAUGUCGUCAGCCCGGAGGAGCAGACCACGGGGGCAAGGAAUCACGUCAUCCUUGCGGGGCCCCUUCGGCCGAUAGCUGCACUGCCGGUCAGGCCCGCGUGCUCGGACCUUCGGGCCGUGUCCACGGCGGUGCGGGCAGCAGCGGCCGUCCAAGCCGGGGCCCGAGCUCCGCCACGUCGUCCUUCCCCCUUCCCGAGGGUUCUCUCCGCGCGCCCAGCUCCCGGGUCAGCGGAGCGGAGCCGGGGCACUGGGGCUCCGCGCGGCCCCCGGCGGGCGGGCGCGCGGGCGUGGGCACAGGCGGCGCGCAUCUGCGGCCGGGAGGCGGGGACCCCGCAGGCCCGCCAUCCGCGGCUCCUUCGCGUCGCCUCCCCUCGUCCACCGCCAGGGGCAGCGCCGCGCCUCCCCGGCCCAGCGGACGUGACGUCACACGCCGCGUCCUGCGCACGUGGAGCCCACGCUCGCGCCCCGCGUGCGUCGUCCCGCGCGCCGGCGCUGGCUGGCGUCUCGGUCUUGGCGAGCGCGGGGUUCCCGUGAGGGCGAGCGCCCCGCCGCCCCGGGUCGGAUCCCCCGUGGAUAUGGUGCCGCGUCUGGCUGUCGCCAUGCUGCCCUACGUCGCUGUGACCGUUGCGCAGUGUCGCUUCUUUUUGAUGAGCUCUGGUCUGAACAACCGUGCAAACACUGCCACCGUGAGGAGGCCCAGCGGUGCAAGACACUGCCAAGGGCCCAUGCUUAGGACGCCAAGUGGGACAUCAGGAUCGAGCAGGGCCACACAGUCAAGGCACCGGGCCUCGGACGUUUCCACACCGUCUGGAAUUCCCGCUCCUGUAGAAAGGCCACCAGGAGCCUCUGCCACAUGGGUCUGGUGGGCCUGAGGCCUUUCUGCACAUGCCGCUGAGACGGGUAAAAAGAGCAGAGGAAGGGGAAUGAACACAUGCUCACUGAAAAACGAAAGAACCUGCCCAAAUUCAAGUUAUCUGCACUGAAAACUCAUUUGCAUGUGAGGUGCAGGCUCCAUUUCUCCCGACUGGGGAGGUGCCCAUUGCUGUGCGUCUGACCAGCCCAUGAGCCCUGCCCCACCCUGAGAGACUCCUGCGCUGAUCACAAAGGUGGCGGCGGAAGCAAACUGUCAGCACAGGGGGAAAGGGGGGAAAGGCUCCCCCUGCACCCACUGAACUCCAAGAGCUGCCGGUCCUGCAGAAUAGAACUGAACCAGGCACCAGACAGUAAAGAAUCCUGAGCUUCUGGGCACCUUAGAUGCCUUUUUCCAUUAAGCUAUGACUCUACAGGCCUGGAAGCAUAGCAGAGCCAUCAUCUAAUGCAAAGAAGAAACACAGAAAUCCAGACAAAAUGAAGAAGCAGCGGAGUAUGAGUCAAACAGAAGUACAGGUGAGAACCCCAGGAAUGAAAGAAUGAGCAGAAAGCUGUGUGAGGAGUCCGCGCACAAUAGGGGUACCAGAAGGAGAAUAGGGAGACAAACGUAAGGAAAUCGUUGCGGGAAGGAAAUAAGCACUCAGGUCACAGAGACCCUGACAAAAGGAACCCCAGGAAGAGAACACUAGACAUAUGAUCAUUAAAAUGACAAAGAUCAAGGAUAAGGAGAGAGUGCUGAAAGGAGCCAGACAAAAAAGAUUACUUAUAAAAGAAAUCCCAUCAGGCUGUCAGCACAAACUCCAGAGGCCAAGGUCCCAAACACAAGGCCCUCCAACCAGUGUGAGUACCACCUUUUACAUUUGGAACAGGUGUCAGACAGCUUCCAGAUAAACACCAGGCCAUCACUAGGCCAGCCUUACAGGACAUCUUAAAGAAACUGCUGUUUCUCCAGCAUAGAUCCCAUACUAGGACACAAAAAGAUCAAAAUGGUAUCAAGCAGCCUCUUGGGCCACCAUGGUGUGAAACUAGAAAGAAGCCAUACAAACACAUGGAAGCUAAACAACAGUCCCCAGUUGGGCCUGCCCAAGAGCCUGCAGCGUGGGAACAGGAGCUCAGGGCGUGUCCUCAGCUCCGGGAAUACAGUGCCACCCUCCACCGCUCCUGGAGAGCCCGGUCCUCAGGCGAGGUACAGGGAGCAGAUGGGGUCCCAGAGCGACACCUGAAGAGGCUGACUCAAGAAGGCGGUCUCCCUCCUGCCCAUUGCGUGGCCAGAAACACCGCUCAGCGAGCAGGCCUUGGUCCCUUCAGCUGCUGUAGGUCCGGCCUUCCCAGACCCAUGACUUCCUCCUUGACACAGAGCCAGCUGCCUGAGUAAGGCGAGUCACCUCCCCGGCCCGAUUCCAACAGACCCUUCAGGAACUGGCCGGGGUGCCUCUCUUCCAGCCAGGAGACUUAGUCUUAGUUAACACAGUCUUUCUCUCGCCCUGAUCUGGGAAGGACCAUAUAAAAUAACCCUCUCCACUCCCCCUGCAGCAAAAGUAACAUGACACGAGUCUUACCCCUGACUGAAGCCCCCCUCUGAAUGAGGAGGACUCCCUGCCCCAUUCAUAGGGGAUCUGAAGUCUCUUCAUAGGUGACAACCACAUCCGCUGUGUUCUUCCAAAGAUUCUCUCAAGAGCUUAAGACGCUUUAGACUGACUGGCCAAAGAUCUCUCAACGCUUCAGAACCAGACUGACCACCUGGUGGCAUGGUCUAGACCUCCUCACAGCAGAGAGAGGAGGUCUUUGCCAUUUUCUCCAAGAAUGUUGUUUCUACAUCAAUCAAUCAAUCAGGCAUCAUACGAGAUAAAAAAACGAGAUCAGGCAGACAAACUAUGCUGUGAGACCUAAGGCUCCUGAGCCCUCGUUCAAUCUAAUGAAGUGGAUCCUGUGAGUUGUACCAUUUUUAGGACCCCUCAUUAUAAUUAUCCUUCUCAUAAUCUUUGUUCUCAUAAUCUUUGGCCUCUGUAUCCUAAAUCUACUAACAAGAUUUGUCUCUUCCUGCCUAAAUGGUGAUGCAAAUGGAACCCAGUGUGACAGUCUGUCACGGCCCAUGGGAUAGGCCCCUCAGACAGUGAACCCGGCCAUCACCCACUGCCAGCAGCUCGAGCAGUCAUCACCCUUCUUCCUACGGGUAGUUAGGGUUACCUCUUCUGAGGGGCACUGAGGCAGGUGACGGUGGGGCUUCGGCAGACAGCGUUCAAGGCUGCGGUGAGUUUCAAGGCCCUGUGUGUCGCAUGGCCAUCUAAGUCUCAAAAGGCUUCCAGUCCAACUCAGCCGUUCAAAGCUACACUUAGACUUAGACCUCAGCUCUGACUGGUAUACCCCAUGCGAGGGAAGCAGCGUACCUUCAGCCCGGCAGGAGUGAGCUGUGACAGCAUCAUCCCCGCCUCAGUUGUCUGUUAGGUCCAUGGGGUGGAGCUUCCUCCCUUGAAGAAGCUGCAGAACCCCUUCUUCUUUUCACUCCUUAUUAAAAGCUCUGCUGGCUGCUCUGUACUCGUCUGCUGGCUCCAUUCCUCAGUGACUCCAAGACACGAUCCUGGUGAAAACAGCAUCUUGGUCAGUAAUACUCUUGACUGUGGCCCUGACCUUACCCCUGACUGUUAGCCCCUAACCCUUAAGCACAAUGACAGAUCAAUCUCAAGAAAGAACAGAGCUGGCGGCAUCACGGUUCCUUAUUGCAAACAAAGCUCUAGUCAUCCAAACAUUGCGGCACACAGACAGCUGGCUCAGGAGUGCAUGCCCCGAGGUAAACCCAUGCGGAGAUGGCCAGUGAGUCCCCCAGCAAGGAGCCUAGGGCAGCAGGAGCAAAGGUUAGUCUGUCUCCUCAGGAAUGAUGCUGGGGAACCUGAGAGCCACUCAGGGAAGAGCCACAGACAGCACCUCACACCGCAACACAAACUAAGUGAAACUCACCAUUUUCCAUAUCCCGCCAGAGCCCUUUGGACUAAUUUCUGCAAAUCUUAUUUUCAAAUAAAAGCAUUUAUGGGGCUCUUCAUUUUGUAUGUUUUCCCUAGGAAACUAUUUCCCUCUUGGAAAAUAUAACUUCCCAUUAAGAAGAAAUAAAUUUUUUUAAUA